AUCCACGGCAGCGACUUCCGUGUUGUUAACAAGGUACAGCUAGUCGAUUACACGGCCUGUGUUUUGGCAGUAAAGUUUAGAAAACAGCAAGUAACCGAGUGGAUUGUUGUUAUUACGGCACAGUGAAAUCUUCCUAACCCAGUACUCAGAUUUUGAGAUCACACACAGGUCACACUGGAUGGCCCAGUUGGGAACCGUUGUGGCCAGCUGUUAACAUCCUUUGGGCCUGUUCCUGUAGCAUCAGUCCACAAUGGCCAGUAACUUCCGCAGCUACAUCUGGGACCCGGUCCUCAUUGUGAGUCAGAUUGUGUUGAUGCAGUGCAUCUACUACAGCUUCUUGGGCCUGUGGUUAGCCGGAGUGGACAGUCUGGUGCACACAAGUCGUUCACUGGACCAGAUCUUCAGCUAUGAAGUCCUUGGUUUUGCAACAGUGCAGGGCAGGCUCUCAAUGAUGGCAUUCAUCCUCAACUCGCUUACCUGCGCCCUCGGCCUGUGGUUCUUCAUCCGUCGGGGGAAACAGUGUCUGGACUUCACCGUCACUGUGCACUUCUUCCAUAUGAUCGGCUGCUGGAUCUAUAAUGCUCAUCUUCCAGCUGCCCUUUCCUGGUGGCUCGUCAACGUAGCCUGCAUGGCGUUGAUGGCUGUAAUUGGAGAGUACUUGUGCAUGCGGACUGAGCUCAGGGCCAUUCCAGUCAAUAGUGGACCCAAAUCUAACCUGUGAAUUGUUGUUGACACCACGCCGAAAAGCUGUGGACGUUUAACCCCUGAGGAACUCGCUCAGAGAAGGUUUUUCACUGGAACACGAACCUCUCAGCUUAGAUUUUGGAUCGUCAUCCUUCUCCUCUUCAAGUGAGACACCAGAUGAACUGAUCUAUUUAUUCAUAGCUGUCCGCUAAAUGUUGGACGCUAAUAACUCUGUAGCAUAUUAAGAUACACGUUUUAUUGUUUAUAUAAGCAGAUAUAGGUUUACAACUUUCUCUGAAUCUAAUGGUUAUACAUUUUAUUCUUAGCAAUUGCAUUUUGGGUUCAUUUUAAGUACGGCAGCGUGAGCAUCCCAUUCCCUCAUUUUUAAAAUAUGUGAUUUUUCUUUUUUUUCUUUUUUUAUUCCGGAUAUGUGUAUUGAACUUCAGAGCAAAUAUAAACUGCCUUUAAAAGCAGCAGGACAGUAACAACAGCAACAUUUUGUGUUAAUAUGCUUACAAGCUGGCUGGGCUGGCAAAGCAACAUCAUGUUACAAGAUAUUUUGGUUUUAAAAUAAAAUAUUCCAAUUAAACCUCACUGCAAUUUUUAGAGAUGCCAAUGCGCAAAGUUACCUAUUGCAGCAUUUGUCAUGUCUUCUUACAGCUGCAUCUGAAAGUAAACUGUUUGGUAAUGAGUUCAAACGCAUAUAAUAGUUUUCCAACACAAUUAUAAAUCCAAACCAAAUGUGGGAAAUAGUUUUCUGCUUCAUAACCCCAAGACCUCACCAGUCAGGGGUUUAAAAUCAGUCUUAUUUUUACCUUUCUGGAUUAAGUUUGUACAUUAAGUUUCACAUUGCUUGGUUCAGGCCUUCCUUAUACAGCAUUUUGCACAGCUAGUGGAUUUUGUUCCAGCCUCUUUAUGUCAUGAUGUAUUAUGCAGACAUUGUUGCCACUUUGGGGACAGUUUGUCAGCCACCAGCUGUGUUCUGAUGGCACACUGUCUCUCUGUUUCUGAAAACACUAUUAUGUUUGUGGGGACGUGACAUGAAAAGAACUGAAAUGUAGAGCAGGGGUGAAACAUUUCUCAUUUAACAAUGGCUUUUAAAAACCUGUUGUGAUCAACUUGAUAUUACAGGCCCUGUAACACAUACAACUAUAUCAUUUUAUUCUGUGUGCUGGCUGUCAGAGCACACCUCUGCAGCUUUGAAAGUGUGGACUAUGCAGUGUCUUGUUUUGAAAUCGGGUUUAUAAAGUGUAGUAUAUGUACAUAAUUUUGUUGCAGGGGUAGAUAUUUAAAAGUUGUGCAACUGUUGUUUUUCCCUUAUUUGAGUUAGAUGAAAAGGUUAAUACAGUUCUCAUAUCUGUCCAUUAAAGUGAAGCUACAGCCAAAAGUCAGGUUUACUUGAAUUGGAAACUGAAACAAAUGUAGCCUGUUGUUAGGUAAAAAUAAAAUGUAACCCAGUACCUUUCAGAUUUGCUAAAAAAAACAUAUAGCCAAGCAGCAAAUAAUUGAAGCCAACAUGGAAGUAGCCAAAACUGCAGUUCCUCAAAUGGCCACUUGAGACUGGCUCCAAAAUGAGUCAAUCCUCAUUGACCCCCAUGUUAAAAUACCUAACUUUACAGCAGAAACAAAUAUGUUUAGGGCCUGGUGCAAAUACAGAGUUUAGUCUCUAUUACUAAUUCUCUCUUUCUUGACAACUGUGAGCGGGGUGAAUUUAGACACAGAGACUAAGUCUAUGUUUUACAAAGUCUGUGGUUAUAGUUUGAUUAGUUUGAUAAAAAUGGGGUAAUAUGCUAAACAACUUCUUGGCUGGGUGCAGUACCUCCCUGAAUUCCAGCUGGCAACCAAAACUUUUCUUUGGUUUUCUUACCGGUUAAUCAAGACAUAACAUUUUAAUUAAGUUCCCUUUAAAGAUACAAGUAAGUGGAUUUUAUUCCCUUUGGACAGAGACAGGCUAGUGUGUUUAACCAAUUUCCAGCCUUUAUGCUAAGCUAAGCUAACCAAAUACUGGCUGCAGCUUCAUAUUUAUCACACAAACACCAAAGCGAUAUCAAUCCUUUCAUCUAACUCUCAGCCAGAAAGCAAACAAUUCUAUAUCCCCAAAUGUCAAACUACUUGUUUAAAUUAUGCUCAAACCCUUGACUAUUUUAACUAAGCCAGUGUCACAACUAAUGAUAUAUUCUUGCAGUGGCUGCUCUGAUGUUCACAUGCAAUGUGAUCUUUAACAUAAAUUUCAGUUUUUAUAAUGUGUUCAAAUAAAAAGGACUUGAGAGAUUGA